UUUUCGUUAUACAAAAUCUCCUUGUGGUAAAUCUUCGAUUUCCGCUACGUGUUUCUUCAGAAGAGAGCAUCAAGCCAUAGCGCUUGCCAUGUUAAAACGCUAAAAUCUCAGAGUGUGCUCGAAAGGUUCCAGCAAUUGUUAUGAAAAGUUAUGUCUGAUCGUCCUAGGAUGUUAAGGUCAUCGAAGUCAGUCUUACACGUGAGCAGCACUGACGCUUCACUCAAGGAAUCAAGGUUCUAUUGCGCAUACAAAGGACUAUGUACUCUUGGAACCGGCAGAGAAGACUGUUGCCGUGCGAAAACUGGUAGUUAAAUGUACAAAAGAAAAUUCAAGUGGGAAUUGAGGUUUUUGGGUACACUCUUUCAUGGAAGACAACGGAAGUAUGAAACUUGCAAGGAGAGAAGACGAAACAGAAGGAGCAAAAUCAGUGCAUGACGACCGCCGUAAAGGAAGUAAAAUGAUGUUCGACAACAAAUUGCAACAAAGCGUGGAGGAACGGAUAAAGAGCAAUUCCAAAGCGUCAUUGCCAGGGAUCCACAAUACUCGUUCCGAACAUCUAGAAGUUCCAAAUCGUUCACCAACCAGAACCCGGCGUUACUCGUUACCACAUCCUCCAACGUUUCUACCUGGAAGCCCGAAAGAGAGCCGAGCGUUUCCGAUCCAUGCUUCGCUGGCGAGGUCAGGUAUUUCAUCGUCUUUGCCAAGAGAGGCUUUUGUGAAAAAUAUUUCUUCUCAAGAUGCUUUGCGAAGAAAACAACUUCAAAGUUCAGAAAUCGCAUGGCAACGUAGGACCGACAGACUUUCAGUUCAUGAUCUGCCAACUUCUUCGUCAAGCUCCGAUUCCCUGAAUAGUGCCAAAGCAAAGCUAAGUCCUCAGCUUAGUCGUAAAGUUCAUAAAGCCGACAGUAUUCACAAUGAGAAGGACAUCAAUAGUAAGCCUGACGAAGACAAGAAAUCAGAGCAUGCAAAAUUUACUGAAGAUUCAAGUGGAAGCGAUACCCUUAAGAAAGAUAUUGAAAGAGAGCCAAAGAGUGUUAUCGAUCACAAUAAUACGAGGCCUAAAGUUCUUCUUACCAGAACACGAAGUUCGUCUCUUCCCUGUGACCCAAGUCAGUUGAAAGACAUAAAACCCAAAGAAAGCCUAAACUCUGGCGUAUCCGGAUUUAUCAGGUCAAAGGAUCAUGUCGCUAGUGGCAAACGAGUGUCUUCACUGGCAGUGCCAGAUGCUACUGACCAGAACGAAAACGAAUCAGUGUCAAAACCAUUUGAAGAGCUUCGUCUCUGUAGAUACUUAAGAAGCAGUGACGUAGAGGACUAACUUUGCAGGGCUAGGCUGAUGUUUAGAGUGAUGCUGAUAUCAGACGAAAUUGAGAAGGUCACAUUCAAUAUUUACUUUCUAUCUAACAAUAUAUGUGCUCUCCUUUAGCUUCCCUUAAGUCAUUCCUGGUAUUCGGUAUGCUUUAAUGGGUUACGAUUAUUUGUUUUUCAAAUAGUGAUUUUCAAUAGACUCGUCUUGAUUGAGUUUAACACUUUUUUGUGUGUACAAAUGUGGGUAACCUCGACAUCUAAAUAAACGAACUUAACUGCGUUGUAUUUUUAAAGUUUUAAAUAACAUUAAAUUGGCCCUAAGUGAGGUUCAGUAUCAAAUAUGUCUUAUUUCAUACCAGUGUUUACACUAGAAGACGUCGAAAAGUCCAUUACUCGAUGCUAUUCACUGAACCUAGACAGAAGGUUGCUUUGAGUGAAUGAUCAGGUGAUCAUUCCACCAACUUAGCAACAUUUUUUCCCAUUUAAAAUCAGUUCAAUUCUUUUUCAUAGGGAAAGAAAAGGAAGUCACUUUUGAAAUUUUACCUGGCAAAAUAGUAUUGUUUAAAAAGGCGUAUUGGAGCGUAACAUCACGUGAAUCACAAAUCAAUGAGAGCAAAUACGUAUCUGAAAUCACUAUAGAAACUUAGUUCACGUUACAGCACACAGGAAUACCAUAUUUCAAUUGAUGGCAUGGCCUGUUAUAAGGGAAGCUUUAACUUUGACAAAUUCUACAUUGACCCACCAGUAUCAGCUGUGUGUCGUACAAAGUGUAAUUAAUUGAUCGAUGAAAAGGUAUCACUCAUUGUUCAGCGAGCUGUUGUAGUUUUAAUAUACGUUUAUUAUCAGUACAACUGUAAUUAAGGCGGCAAUCCAAAAUAAAGCAAGCCGAUGAUUACAUUCGGUAACCUCAAUUAUCUUA